AUGGAAUCCUGGGAAGAGGAAUAUCGUAAAGUUAAGACACGCCAAGAGCGCUUUGGAAUUAUUGACCAAUCUCUGAAUUUAAAUACUCCAGUAAUUCCAAUAUUAGGAAGAGCGUAAAAAACAGAAAGAAAGAAUGGAAAGAUUCGGAACCCAGCAAGCUCCAGGUGAUAAAGAAAUAUGAAAUCCAUCAAUAGAGCCAGCUGGGGAGAUAAGACCAGACACUCUUCAUCUAUAUGGAGUUGAUUAUAUGAGCACAAAAGAAAUAUUAAAGCAUUUUGAUGGAUUUAAGCCUCUAAAAGUAGAAUGACUUAAUGAUAGUUCUUGCAAUGUGCAGUUUCCUGGGCCAGACUUCGCUUUAAACGCAUUCAAUACAAACUGUGUAGAAAAUGUGGAAAAUUUAGAAAAUUUUGAAAAUAAUAAACGGCAAGCAGUCGGGUACUAUGCGGAUGGGAAAUCUUUACCUAUUUACAUAAGAUUUUCUACGACAAAUGUAAAAGUGAUUUAGGAUGUAAAAAAUGAUGAAACUAAACCAAAAGACUCCAAAUAUUAUAAGUGGAAAAAACAGCAAAAUAUCAAAAAUAAAGCCAUUUCUAGGAGAAAUAAUAAGCAAAAAUUUAGGAAAAGAAAAAAUGAAGAGGAUGAAUAA